AUGUUCUUCAACUCUUCAUUGCUUAAGGAACUUCCAGUUCUUUCUAUCUACUGCCUCAAUUUGCUCUCUGAUGCCACAAUUCCAUAUCAUCGUUAUCCACUCACCUCUGAAGUCACCCAGGAGGCUAAGCAACUCCUCAGAAUGUUCUCCGGAAAACCUCUUGAAGGAGUUCCGCACAUCUUGUGA